AGCCGCAGAGGAAUCAUGUCUUUAAUGUGGGACAAAAAUAACAAACUCUCACUUACUCUUCACAAGAAAUAUCCAACUUGUGGUCUCUGUGGUAACUUCAACAGCACUCCAGGAGAUGAUAUCAAUGAACACAUUGCCAAUAGUAAAAUUCCUGGUGAUUGUCCCAAAGCUGUUAGUAAAAGCUAUGAUGUUUGUGAAGAUGGCGUGCAGCACUGUGACAAAAUUAUUGGAACUUACUUUGAGAAAUGUAGAAAGGUCACCACUUUAUCCAAUGACUACAGAAUGAUCUGCAUUGAUGAGUACUGCCAAAAUAGAGACAAAAAUUCUACGUGUGACACUUACACAGAAUUGUCCCGCCUCUGUGCCUCAGAUGGUCCCGGUCCCUACGUAUCCUGGCGAGAUGAUUCUGAUGUGGUUUGUGAAAAACCUAGAUGCCCAGAAAAACAUAUCUACAAAGAAUGUGGUCCCUCAAACCCUGCAACUUGUUCUAAUGUGGCUCCUUUUCAAGACAGUGAAUGUGUGAGUGGCUGCACCUGCCCAGAAGGUUACCUAUUGGACGAUAUUGAAGAAAAAGGGAGAUGUGUAUUAAAGGCUAAAUGUCCCUGUGAAUCAAAUGGAAAGAUCUAUCAGUCAGGAGAAGUCCGAGAUGGUCCUUGUGGUUCUCAGUGCACAUGCCAAGAAGCAAAGUGGUCUUGCACUGAAGCAUUAUGUCCUGGAAGAUGUAAGGUGGAAGGAAGUUCAAUCACCACCUUUGAUGGUGUUAAAUAUAACCAUCCUGGAAACUGUCAUUUCUUGGCCAUCCACGAUAAAGAUUGGUCUGUUAGCGUUGAACUUCGUCCCUGUCCAAAUGGUCAGUCAGGAACGUGCUUAAAUAGUGUUACACUCCUCUUGAAUUCGUCUGUUUCAGUUGACAAAUAUAUAUUCAAUAGAGAUGGAACAGUCACAAAUGAUAAGAUUAGAAAUCAAGGUUAUUAUUAUUCAGACCAAAUGCAGAUCUUCAAAGCAUCUUCCUCAUACCUUCAAGUAGAAACAAACUUUCAUGUAAAGAUGCAGAUACAGAUUGUUCCUGUGAUGCAAUUAUAUGUUUCCAUGCCACCCAACCAAUUCACAGACACUGUAGGACUCUGUGGUUCCUACAACAACAGAGCAGAGGAUGAUUUCAUGUCAAGUCAGAAUAUAUUGGAGAAAACGUCUCAGGCAUUUGCUGAUUCUUGGGAAAUGAUGCCCUGUCCUAAAGGAAACCCCACUUCAUGCAUCAGUAUAGAAAAAGAAAGAUAUGCUGAAAAGCACUGUGGAAUUCUUCUUGAUUCAAGUGGACCUUUUGCUUCCUGCCAUCCAAUUGUGAAUCCUAAACUAUAUCAUGAGGAAUGCAAAAAAUACACUUGCACUUGUGACAAGAGUGAAGAUUGUUUGUGCACGAUUUUAGGCAACUAUGUAAAAGCGUGUGCUGAGAAAGAAACAUACAUAGUGGAAUGGAGAACUGGACUAUGUGAUCACUCUUGCCCAAGUGGCCUGGUUUUCAAGUACAAUGUAAAAGCCUGCAAUAGUUCUUGUCGAUCAUUGUCAGAGAGAGAUAGGAGCUGUGAUGUAGAAGAUGUUCCAGUUGAUGGAUGCACUUGCCCUGAUGGAAUGUACCAUAAUAAUGAAGAGAACUGUGUUCCAAAAUCUCAGUGUGACUGCUACCUAAAUGACGAGGUCAUACAACCAGGCAAACUCAUCCAUAUUGAUGACAAUAAAUGUGUCUGUCGGGAUGGAAUUCUUCUUUGCCAGACUCCCAUUGAUUUAACCCUACAGAAUUGUUCCGGAGGGACUGAAUUUGUUGACUGCAGGGACCCGAAGGCACAGAGAAGAGUUGACAGUACCUGUAGCACUCGGAACAUACCUAGUUUUGAUGAGAACUUGCCUUGCAAACGUGGGUGCUAUUGUCCAAUUGGCAUGGUUCGAAAUUCUAAAGGAAACUGUGUCUUUCCUGAAGACUGCCCAUGUUCUUUUGGUGGACAGGAGUAUGACCAGGGAAGCGUUACCUCGGUUGGCUGCAACAAAUGUACUUGCAUAAAAGGGUCUUGGAGCUGUACACACAAUGAAUGUCAAACCACCUGCCAUAUCUAUGGGGAAGGUCAUGUUAGAACUUUUGAUGGAAAAAGUUACAGCUUUGAUGGUCUCUGCCAGUAUUCAUUUCUUGAGGAUUAUUGUGGUCGUGAAAAUGGCACAUUCCGUCUCUUAACUGAAAGCGUCCCAUGCUGUGAAAAUGGGCUUACAUGCUCAAGAAAAAUCAUAGUUGCUUUUCAGGAUCAGAAUGUUGUUCUGCAUGAUGGGAAAGUAACAGCAGCCAAAACUACAGAAAGUAAGGAAUGUGAAAUCAGUGGAAAUACAUAUUCUGUACAUACUGUUGGCCUGUACUUGAUUCUGAAAUUUUUAAAUGGAAUAACCAUAAUUUGGGACAAGAAUACAAGAGUUUCUGUUAUACUGGAUCCACACUGGAAUGGCAAAGUAUGUGGUCUUUGUGGAAAUAACAAUGGUGAUCUCAAGGAUGAUUUCACAACACGAUAUUCAUCAGUAGCUGCUGGAGCACUGGAAUUUGGAAAUAGCUGGAAAACCAGUCAAGAAUGUUCAGACACAGUAGCUCAAGCUUUCCCGUGUGACUCAAACCCAUACUGUAAGGCCUGGGCUGUGCGGAAAUGUGAGAUCAUCCGGGACAGCACCUUCAGAGACUGCCACAGCAAGGUGGACCCCAAUGCCUACUAUGAUGCAUGCAUUGAAGAAGCCUGCGCAUGUGACAUGGAGGGGAAGUACCUGGGAUUCUGCACAGCUGUGGCUAUGUACGCAGAGGCGUGCAGUGCGGUUGGAGUCUGUGUCAGGUGGAGAAAACCAGAGCUCUGCCCUGUCUACUGUGAUUAUUACAAUGCCCCUGGGGAAUGCAGUUGGCACUAUGAACCUUGUGGUACAGUGACUGCAAAAACUUGCAAAGAUCAAGUUAUUGGCCAGAAAUUUUCUGCACUUUUAGAAGGAUGUUAUGCUAAGUGCCCAGAUAGCGCUCCUUAUCUGGAUGAGAACACCAUGAAAUGCGUCAGUUUAUCUGAGUGCAGCUGCUUCUAUAAUGAUAUCAUACCAGCAGGUGGAGUGAUUCAGGAUAACUGUGGAAGAACAUGCUAUUGCAUCGCAGGAGAGUUGGAGUGCAGUGAAACUGCUCCUACAAAUUCAACAUUCACAGUUUCAGCUACAGCAGCUACCUCCAUAUUAAGCACCGAAACAGCAAUAACAUUGGUAACCAGGAGCUCAGGUGCAGCAGCUUCCAUUCCAGUGAUUACAACAUCAAGCAGCGAAACAAUAGGAACAACUCUAACUCUUCUGAGUGAACCUUUUACUACAGGUGUUAUUGGAACUCCCGUUCCCGUGACCGUCAGUGCUGGCACCGCAGGCACGACUGUAGUGUACCCCGCCCCCACCAGUCCUGGGCACAUGGCAGGUAAACUGAAUUCAGAACAAGGUAUAGCAUCCACAGCUAAGCAACUGGUCUCAGGCAAUGCUUCUCAGGACAAUAUUGUAGAAAAUAAAGGAGGAACAACAGGCAGCCCUACUGCACCAGCAAGAGGAGGUGAAGACAGCACACCCAGGGAACCAAGCACAGGGGCGACAAGCCCAGGGAAACCAGGGACCCCAGAGGUUUCAGAGGGCUUCACCACAGCACCUGGGCGUGAGAACACAAAUGGAGACACAACUGCCCCAGGCUCAACCGUGGGAGGCAGACCAGGAACAACUGAAGGGGAAAAUGCAGCCACCACUGGAACUGUUGGUGAAAACACUUCCCGAGCCUCAGGAACAACUGGACACUAUGUUGAAGGAGGAGGAACAACUGGGCCAUCUGAGGGAAGAUCAGAGGCAACUAGAAUAUCAGCUGAAGAAUCAGGGACAACUGUAUUGUCAUCUGUAGUGACAGGGAAAACAGGACCAUUACUGGGAGGAUCAGCAACAACAAGAUCAUCAGUUACAGGAUCAGAGACAACUGAACCAUCUGUUGCACUUUCAAGAACAUCUGUACCAUCAGAAGAAUUGAAAGGAGCAACUGAACCAUCACUUGGGUUAACAACACCUGGACCAUCAGCUGAAGGAUCAGGGACAGCUACAUUAUUUGCUGGAGUAUCACAAACAACUGAAAGCUCUGUUCUAAAGUCGGGAAAUACUGGACCAUCCAUAGGAGGAUCACAGACAACUGGACGAUCAGGUGAAGAAGCACAGACAAGUGGACUAGCGGCUGGAGGAUCAGGGACUACAGGACCAUCCACUGAAGAAUCAGAAAAAACAGAAACACCUGUUCUGGGUUUAGGGACAACUCAAACAUCUGAAGGAUUAGGAACAACUACAUCUGUUUUAGAUUCAGGGACAACUGGAACAUCAUCUGGAGUGACAAGAACAACUAAAUCAUCAUCUCGAGAUUCAGAUACUACAGGACCAACAGCUGAAGUAUUAGGAACAACUAAAUCAGCAUCUGGUAUAUCAAGCACAACUGCACUAUUGUCUGGUGGGUCAGGGACAACUGGACCAUCUGUUGUAGGAUCAGGAACGUCUGUACCAUCAGCAGGAUUGACAGGGACCUCUGGUGUAUCACCUUGGUUUGCAACAACUGGACAAUCAUCUGUAGGAUCGAGGACAACUGAGUCAUUGACUGGAAGAUCAGAAACCACUGCAACCUCCAUUGUAAGUUCAGGCACUACCAGUCCAUCCACAGGAGGAUCACAGACAACUGGACUGUCGGCCAAAGAAGCAGGGACAACAGAACAAGCAGCUGGAAUAUCAGGGACCACAGGACCAUUCCAUGGACGAUCAGGGACAACAAGACAAUCUGUUUUAAGUUCAGGGAUGACCUUACCAACUUCUAAAGAAAUAAGGACAACUAGACCUUCAUUGGUAAAGUCAGGUACAACUGCAGUAUUGACUCCAGGAUCAGCCACAAGUGGACUGUCAUCUGGAGUAUCUGAGUCCACUGAACCAUCUGGAGCAUUAGGAACAACAAGAUCAUCAGCUGGUAUAUCAGAGACAACUGGACCAUCAACAGUUGGAUCUCGGAUGGCAACAGGACCAUUUUUUGUAGAAUCAGGAACAGCUGUAUCAUCGGUAGGAUUGACUGGGACAUCUGGCCUAUCACAUGGGUUAGGAAUAACUGGGCCAUCAGCUAAAGGAGCAGGGACAACUGGAUCAUUUGCUGGAAAUUCAGGAACAACAGUAACCCCUGUUGUAAUUUCAGGGACUGCUGGUCCCUACACAGUAAAAUCACAGACAACUAGACAAUCUGCUGAAGAAGCUGGGACAACAGGACCAACAGCUGGAGGUUCAGGGACCACAGGACCAUUCCAUGGAGGGUCAGGAAAAACAGGACAAUCUGUUUUAGGUUUAGGGACAACCAGACCAUCUGUUGUAGGUCCAGGAACAACUAUACCUUCAAGUAGACUAUUUUUUGUAGGUUCAGGGACAACCAGAGCAUCAUCUGGAGUGAAAAGGACAAUGGGACCAUCAUCUGGAGAAUUAGGAACAACUAGAUCAUCAUCUGGUAUGUCAAGGACAAUUGGACCAUCAACUGGAAGGUCAGGGAUAACUGGACGUUCAGGAAAAGAAUCAGGAACAUCAGUAACAUCAGUAGGAUUAACAGGGACAUCUGGAUCAUCAUUUGGGUUAGGAACAACUGUACCAUCAACGAAAGUAUCACAAACAACUACAGCACCUAUUGCAGGAUUAGUAAAAUCUACAUCAUCUACAAGAUUGACAGGGUCAACUGGAUCAUCAGUUGGAGGACCAGAGAUAACUGGAACAGCAGCUAGAGGAUCAGGGACCACAACACUGUCAGCUGGAGCAUCAGGAGAAACUGGAACAUUAGCUGAAGGAUCAGAAACAACAAAAACCUUUGUUAUAACAUUAGGGAUUACUGAAACACCUGUAAGAGGAUCACAGACAAUGGGAUGGUCAACUAAAGAUUCAGGAACAACUGGGCAAGAAGCUAGAGGAUCAGGGACAACAGGGCAAUUCAUUGGAGGAUCAGGAACAUCAGUGUCAUCUGUUUUUGUUUCAAGGACAAUUCACCCAUUAUCUGAAGAAUCAGGGACCACUAGACCAUCUGUUUUAGGUUCAGAGACAACCAGACCAUUACCUGGAUACACAGAGACCAUGGGAUCAUCAUCUGGAGAUUCAGACACCACUGGACCAUCAGCUGAGGUAUUGGGGACAACUAGAUCACCAGCUGGUAUAUCAGAAACAACUAGACUAUCAACGGGUAGAUCUGGGAUGACAGAAGGACCAUCUGUUGUAGGGUCAGAAACAUCUGUACCAUCAGUAGGUUGGACAAAGAUAUCUGGCCCAUCACCUGGGUUAGUAACAACUGGGCCAUCAGCUGAAGGAGCAGAAACAACUGGAUCAUUUGCUGGGAAUUCAGGAAGAACGGCAACUGCUAUUGUAAGUUCAGGAACUAGUGGUCCCUACAUAGGAGGAAUCCAUACAACUGUACUAUCACCUGAAGAGGCAAGGACUAUAGGACCAACAUCUGGGGGAUCAGGGACCACAGAACCAUUUCCUGGAGUAUCAGGAACAAUGGAACAAUCUGCUUUAGGUUCAGAGACAACUAGACCAUCAGUUGUAAGCUCAGGAACAAGUGGAAUAUCAUCUAGAGUGAUGGGUAUACCUGGACAGUCUACUAGAGUGACAGGGAAAAUUGGACCACCAGCUGGAGAAUUAGGAACAACUGGAUCAUCAGCUGGUAUAUCAAGCACAACUGGACUAUUGUCUGGUGGGUCAGGGACAACUGGACCAUCUGUUGUAGGAUCAGGAACAUCUGUCCCAUCAGCAGGAUUGUCAGGGACCGCUGGUCCAUUAUCUGGGUUUGCAACAACGGGACAGUCAUCUGUAGGAUCGAGGUCAACUGAGUCAUUGGCUGGAAGAUCAGAAACCACUGCAACCUCCAUUGUAAGUUCAGGCACUACCGGUCCAUCCACAGGAGGAUCACAGACAACUGGACUGUCAGCCAAAGGAGCAGGGACAACAGAACAAGCAGCUGGAAUAUCUGGGACCACAGGACCAUUCCAUGGACGAUCAGGAACAACAGGACAAUCUGUUUUAAGUUCAUGGACGACUGGGCCAUCAUCUGAAGAAUUAAGGACAACUAGACCUUCAUUGGUAAAGUCCAGCACCACUGGAUUAUCAGCUACAGGAUCAGCCACAACUGGACGGUCAUUUGAAAUAUCUGAGUCUGCUGAGCCAUCAUCUGAAGUAUUCAGAACAACUAGAUCAUCAACUCUUACAUCAAGCACAACUGGACCAUUGCCUGGUGGGUCAGGGAAAACUGGACCAUCUGUUGUAGGAUCAGGAACGUCUGUACCAUCAGCAGGAUUGACAGGCACCUCUGGUCCAUCACCUGGGUUUGCAACAACUGGACAGUCAUUUGUAGGAUCGAGGACAACUGCCUCAUUGGCUGGAAGAUCAGAAACCACUGCAACCUCCAUUGUAAGUUCAGGCACUACCAGUCCAUCCACAGGAGGAUCACAGACAACUGGAUUGUCAGCCAAAGAAACAGGAACAACAGAACAAGCAGCUGGAAGACCAGGGACCACAGGACCAUUCCAUGGACGAUCAGGAACAACAAGAAAACCUGUUUUACAUUCAGGGUCGACCUUAUCAACUUCUAAAGAAAUAAGGAUAACGAGACCUUUGUUGGUAAAGUCAGGCACAACUGGAGUAUUGGCCACAGGAUCAGCCACAACUGGACAGUCAUCUGGAGUAUCUGAGUCCACUGAGCCAUUAUCUGAAGUAUUCAGAACAACUAGAUCAUCAACUCGAAAAUCAAGCACAACUGGAACAUUGCCUGGAGGUUCAGGGACAAUCGGACCAUCUGUUGUAGGAUCAGGAACAUCUGUCCCAUCAGCAGGAUUGACAGAGUCUUUUGGUCAAUCACCUGGGUUCGCAACAACUGGACAGUCAUCUGUAGGAUCGAGGACAACUGAGUCAUUGUCUGGAAGACCAGAAACCAGUGCGACCUCCAUUGUACCUUCAGGCACUACUAGUCCAUCCACAGGAGGAUCACAGAUAACUGGACUGUUAGCCAAAGAAGCAGGGACAACAGAACAAGCAGCUGAGGUAGCAGAAACCACAGGACCGUUCCAUGGACGAACUGGAGCAACAAGACAACCUGUUUUAGUUUCAGAGACGAACUUACCAACUUCUAAAGAAAUAAGGACAACGAGACCUUCAUUAAUAAAGUCAGGCAUAACUGGAGUAUUGGCUUCAAGAUCAGCCACAACUGCACUGUCAUCUGGAGUACCUGAGUCCCCUGAGCCAUCAUCUGAAGUAUUCAGAACAACUAGAUCAUCAACUCAAAAAUCAGGCACACCUGCCCUAUUUUCUGGUGGGUCAGGGACAACUGGACCAUCUGUUGUAGGACCGGGAACAUCUGUCCCAUCAGCAGGAUUGACAGGGACCUCUGGUCCAUCACCUGGGUUUGCAACAACUGGGCAGUCACUUGUAGGGUCGAGGACAACUGAGUCAUUGGCUGGAAGAUCAGAAACCACUGUAACCUCUAUUGUAAGUUCAGGCACUACCAGUCCAUCCACAGGAGGAUCACAGACAACUGGACUGUCGGCCAAAGUAGCAGGGACAACAGAACAAGCAGCUGGAAUAUCUGGGACCACAGGACCAUUCCAUGGACGAUCAGGAACAACAGGACAAUCUGUUUUAAGUUCAUGGACAACUGGGCCAUCAUCUGAAGAAUUAAGGACAACUAGACCUUCAUUGGUAAAGUCCGGCACCAAUGGAAUAUCAGCUACAGGAUCAGCCACAACUGGACAGUCAUUUGAAGUAUCUGAGUCCCCUGAGUCAUCAUCUGAAGUAUUCAGAACAACUGGAUCAUCAACUCGAAAAUCAAGCACAACUGGCCUAUUUUCUGGAGGUUCAGGGACAACUGGACCAUCUGUUUUAGGAUUAGAAACAUCUGUCCCAUCAUCAGGAUUGACAGAAACCACUGCAACCUCCAUUGUAAGUUUAGGCACUACCAGUCCAUCCACAGGAGGAUCACAGACAACCAGACUGUCAGCCAAAGAAGCAGGGACAACAGAACAAGCAGGUGGAAUAUCAGGGACCACAGGACCAUUUCAUGGACAUUCAGGAACAACAGGACAAUCCGUUUUAAGUUCAUGGACAACUGAGCCAUCAUCUGAAGAAAUAAGGACAACUAGACCUUCAUUGGUAAAGUCCAGCACCACUGGAAUAUCAGCUACAGGAUCAGCCACAACUGGACGGUCAUCUGGAGUAUCUGAGUCCCCUGAGCCAUCAUCUGAAGUAUUCAGAACAACUAGAUCAUCAACUCCUAUAUCAACUUCAACUGGACUAUUUUCUGGAGGUUCAGGGACAACUGGACCAUCUGUUGUAGGACUGGGAACAUCUGUCCCAUCAGCAGGAUUGACAGGCACCUCUGGUCCAUCACCUGGGUUUGCAACAACUGGACAGUCAUCUGUGGGAUCGAGGACAACUGAGUCAUUGGCUGGAAGAUCAGAAACCACUGCAACCUCCAUUGUAAGUUUAGUCACUACCAGUCCAUCCACAGGAGGAUCACAGACAACUCAACUUUCAGCCAAAGAAGCAGGGACAACAGAACAAGCAGCUGGAAGAUCAGGGACCACAGGACCAUUCCAUGGACGUUCAGGAACAACAGGACAAUCUGUUUUAAGUUCAUGGACAACUGGGCCAUCAUCUGAAGAAAUAAGGACAACCAGACCUUUAUUGGUAAAGUCCAGCACCACUGGAAUAUCAGCUACAGGAUCAGCCACAACUGGACGGUCCUCUGGAGUAUCUGAGUUCACUGAAUCAUCAUCUGAAGUAUUCAGAACAACUAGAUCAUCAACUCCUAUAUCAACUUCAACUGGACUAUUUUCUGGAGGUUCAGGGACAACUGGACCAUCUGUUGUAGGACCAGGAACAUCUGUCUCAUCAGGAGGAUUGACAGAGUCCUCUGGUCCAUCACCUGGGUUUGCAACAACUGGACAGUCCUCUGUAGGAUCGAGGACAACUGAGUCAUUGGCUGGAAGAUCAGAAACCACUGCAACCCCCAUUGUACCUUCAGGCACUACUAGUCCAUCCACAGGAGGAUCACAGACAACUGGACUGUCAGCCAAAGAACCACGGACAACAGGACAAGCAGCUGGAAGAUCAGGGACCACAGGACCAUUCCAUGGACGUUCAGGAACAACAGGACAAUCCGUUUUAAGUUCAUGGACGACUGGGCCAUCAUCUGAAGAAAUAAGGACAACUAGAUCUUCAUUGGUAAAGUCCAGCACCACUGGAAUAUCAGCUACAGGAUCAGCCACGAUUGGACAGUCACCUGGUGUAUCUGAGUCCCCUGAGCCAUCAUCUGAAGCAUUCAGAACAACUAGAUCAUCAACUCGUAUAUCAAGUACAGCUGGCCUAUUUUCUGGUGGGUCAGGGAAAACUGGACCAUCUGUUGUAGGAUCAGAAACAUCUGUGCCAUCAGCAGGAUUGACAGGGACCUCUGGUCCAUAUCCUGGUUUAGCAACAACUGGACAGUCAUCUGUAGGGUUGAGGACAACUGAGUCAUUGGCUGGAAGAUCAGAAACCACUGCAACCUCCAUUGUAAGUUCAGGCACUACCAGUCCAUCCACAGGAGGAUCACAGACAACUGGACUGUCGGCCAAAGAAGCAGGGACAACAGGACAAGCAGCUGGAAUAUCAGGGACCACAGGACCAUUCCAUGGACGAUCAGGAACAACAAGACAACCUGUUUUAGGUUCAGGGACAACCUUACCAACUUCUAAAGAAAUAAGGACCACGAGACCUUCAUUGGUAAAGUCCAGCACAACUGGAGUACUGGCUACAGGAUCAGCCACAACUGCACUGUCCUCUGGAGUAUCUGAGUCCACUGAACCAUCAUCUGAAGUAAUUGGUAAAACUAGAUCAUCAACUCAUAUAUCAAGUACAACUGGUCUAUUUUCUGGAGGUUCAGGGACAACUGGAAUGUCUGUUGUUGGAUCAGGAACAUCUGUACCAUCAACAGGAUUGACAGGGACCUAUGGUCCAUCACCUGCAUUUGCAACAACUGGACAAUCAUCUGUAGUAUCGAGGACAACUGAGUCAUUGGGUGGAAUAUCAGAAACAACUGAAACCUCUGUUUUUAGUGCAGGGAUUACUGGUCUGUCCACAAUAGGAUCUCAUAGAACCGGACCACCUGCUGAGGAAACUGGGAUAACAGGACGAGCUGGUGGAGCUUCAGGGACCACAGGACUGUUCCAUGGAUUAUCAGGAACAACAGUACAUUCUGUUUUAGGUUCAGAAACAACAAGAAAAUCUGUUGUUUUGUCAGGAACAACUGUACCAUCAUCUGGAGUGACAGGAAUAACUGGACCAUCAACUAUGGAAUUGGGAACAAGUAGAUCAUUAGCCGGUAUAUCGGAGAACACUGGGGCAUUAAUGAGUGGAUCUGGGUUGACAACAGGACCAUCUUUUGUAGGAUCAGGCAUAUCUGUACCAUCAGUAGGAUUGACAGGGACCUCUGGUCCAUCACCUGGAUUAGCAACAACUGGAUCAUCAGCUGAAGGAUCAGGGAUAACUGGAGUAUAUUCUGGAAUAUCAGAAACAACUUCCACCUCUGUUGUAAGUUCAGCGACUAUUGGUCCAUUUACAGGAGGAUCACAGACAACUGGACUGUCAGCCAAAGAAGCAAGGACAACAGAACAAGCAGCUGGAGAAUCAGGGACCACAGGACCAUUCCAUGGUCGAUCAGGAACAACAAAACAAUCUACUUUAGGUUCAGGGAUGACCUUACCAUCUUCUAAAGAAAUAAGGACAACUAGAUCUUCAUUGGUAAAGACAGGCACAACUGGAGUAUCAGCUACUGGAUCAGCCACAACUGGACUGUCAUCUGGAGUAUCUGAUUCCACUGGACCAUCAUCUGAAGUAUUAGGAACAAUCAGAUCAUCAGCUGGUAUAUCAGAGACAACUGGACCAUCAACAAGUGGAUCUAGAAUGACAAGAGGACCAUUUUUUGUAGAAUCAGGAACAUCUGUACCAUCAAUAGGAUUUACAGGGAUGUCUGGUCCAGAGCCAACUGGAUCAUUCACUGGAAGAUCAGAAACAACAGCAACCUCUACUGUAAAUUCAGGUACUAGUGGUCUCUACAAUGGAGGAAUCCAGACAAAUGGGCUGUCAGCUAAAGAAGCAAGGACAACAGGACCGUUUCGAGGAGGGUCAGGAACAACUGGAAGAUUUUUUGUAGGUUCAGGGACAACUGUGCCAUCAUCUAGAGUGGAAAGCAUAACUGGACCAUUAUCUGGAAUGACAGGAAUAACUGGACCAUCAGCUGAGGAAUUAGUAACAACUAGUUCAUCAGCUGGUAUAUCAGAAACAACUGGAUUAUCAAUGGGUGGAUCUGGGAUGACAGCAGGACCAUCUGUUGUAGAGUCAGGAACAUCUGUAUCAUCAGUAGGAUUGGUAGGGACAUCUAGCCCGUCACAUGGGUUAGGAAUAACUGGGCCAUCAGCUGAAGGAGCAGGGACAACUGGAUCAUUUGCUGGAAGAUCAGAAACAACAUCAAUCUCUAUUAUAAGUUCAGGUACUAGUGGUCCCUACAUAGGAGGAAUCCAGUCAACUGGAAAAUCUGUUGAAGAAGCCGGGACAACAGGACCAACAGCUGGAGGUUCAGGGACCACAGGACAAUUCCAUGAAGGAUCAGAAACAACAGGACAAUCUGUUUUGGUUUCAGGGACAACUAGACUGCCUGUUGUAGGUUCAGGGACAACUGGGGCAUCAUCUGGACUGACAGGCAUAACUGGACCAUCAUCUGAAGUGAAAGGGACAAUUGGACCAUCAGCUGGAGAAUUAGGAACAACUAGAUCAUCACCUGGUAUAUCUAGGACAACUGGACUAUCAUCUGGUGGGUUAGAGACAACUGGACUAUCUGCUGUAGGAUUAGGAACAUCUCUCCUGUCAAGAUUGACAGGGACACCUGGACCAUCAGCUGGUUUAGCAACAACUGGACCAUCAGCUAAAGGAUCAGGGACAACUGAAUCAUUUUCUGGAAGAUCAGAAACAACUGAAAUCUUUGUUGUAAGUUCAGCAACUAUGAGUACAUCCAUAGGAGGAACACAGACAACUGGACAAUCUGCUGAGGAAGCAGGGGCAACAGGUCUAGAAUCUGGAGGGUCAGGGACUACAGGACUAUUCCAUGGAGGACCAGAAACUACAGGACAAUCUAUUUUAGGUUCAGGGACGACCUUACCAUCUUCUGAAAAAUUAAGAUCAACUAGACCUUUAUUGGUAAAGUCGGGCUCCACUGGAGUCUCUGCUACAGGAUCAGUCACAAGUGGACUGUCAUCCUGGGAAUCUGGGUCCACUGGAUCAUCAACUGAAGUAUUCAGAACAACUAGAUCUUCUGUUGGAAUAUCAAGGACAAGUCAACCAUCUACUGGAGGAUCAGGGACAACUGCACCAUCCGUUGUAGGAUUAGGAAUACCUUCAUCAGCACCAGGAUUGACAGAAUCAACUGGACCACCAGUUUUAGGAUCAGGGACAACUGAAACAGCAGCUAGAGGAUCAGGGACUAUAGGACUAUCAGCUAGCAGAUCAAGGACAACUGGAUCAUUAGCUGGAGUAUCAGAAACAACCAAAACCUCUGUUGCAAUGUUAGAGACUACUGCAACAUCUAUAGUAGGAUCAUGGACAACUGAACAAUCAACUGAAGAAUCAAAGACAACUGUACAAUCAGCCCUAGGAUCAGAGACCUCAAGACCAUCUACUGGAUUGUUAGGAAUGACAGGAUCAUCAAGUUUUGGUUCAGGGACAACCCUGCCAUCAUCUGAAGAAUCAAGGGUAACUAGACCAUCCGUUAUAGGUUCAGGCACAACUGAACCAUCACAUGGAGUGAUUGGGACAAGUGGAUCAUCAUCUGGAGAUAUAUCCAUCACUGGACCACCAUCUGAACUAUUAGGAACAACUAUAUCAUCAGUAGGUAUAUCAAAGACAACUGGACAAUCAAUGGGUGGAUUUGGGACAACUGGACCAUCUGUUGUAGAAUCAGGAACAUCUUUGCCAUCAGCAGGAUUUACAGGGACAUCUGGAACAUUACAUGAGUUAGGAACAAGUGGACCUUCAGCUGAAGGAUCAAGGACAACUGGAAUAUUUUCUGGAUUAUCAGAAACAACUGAAACCUCUGUUGUAAGGUCCGAGACUACUGGACCAUCCAUAGGAGAAUCACAGACAACUGGACAAUUAAUUGAAGAAGCAGGAACAACUGUACAAGGAUUUGGGGCAGCAGAGACCACUCAGCCAUCUGUUGGAGGAUCAGGAACAACAGGACCAUCUAUUUUAGGUUCAGGGACAACUCCACAAUCAUCUGAAGGAUUAGGGACAACUGUACCACCAGCUAUAGAACCAGGAACAACUGGGCCAUCGACCAAAGGAUCAGCCAAAACUGGGUCAUCAGGGUUACAGACCACUGAAUCAAUUGAAAUAUUAGGAUCAGCUAUAUCAUCAGUCAGUGAUUCAAGGACAAUUAGACCAUCAACUAAAGGAUCAGGGACAACUGUAAGAUUACCUGAAAGAGCAGAGACAAUUGGACCACCUGUUGUGAAUUCAGGGAUAACUGGACCAUUUGUAGCAUCACAGAGGACUGAACCAUCAGCUGAAGGUUCAGUGACCACAGGAUCAUCAUCUGGAGGAUCAGGUACAACUGCCCCAUCUGUUAUAGGUUCAGAGACAACUGGACCAUCAGCUGGAGCACCAGGGACAACUGGAAUAUCAUCUAGAGGAGCAGGAGCAACUGGACUACUUGUUUUAGUUUCAGAUACAGCUAUCCCAGCAUCUGAAAGAUCCAGAACAACUGCAUCACCAGCUGGAGGAUCAGUGACAGCUGGACCAUCAAAUGGAGAAUCAAGGACAACUAGAUCAGCUAUUUUAGGUUUAGGGACAACUCAACCAUCAUCAGGAGCAUCAGGAACAACUGGACCAUCACAUGAAGUUUCAGGGACAACUGGACCAUCACCAGAAGGAUCAGGGACAAGUGGAUCAUCAACUGGGAUAACCACUGGGAUGUUAAGGAAUGAGGUUACCACAUCUGAAGGUUUCACAGAAGCUGCCCCUGGCUCAACAAUUGCACCAGAAAGUUCCACUACUGGCUCAGAUAAGAGAAUUCCACCAGUAUUAAUUGUAGGCACCACUAGGGUAGCCCCUGGCAUAACUGUUGUCCCUGGAAAUUCUAACACAGAGGCCACAACUUUCCUAGGAGAAAAUGAAACAACCAGAGUUGGAAUAGCCACAGGUACUACUGGUAUAGUCCCUGAGAAAACUGUGGAACCUGGAAAUUACAGCACAGAGGCCACGAAUUCCACAGGAGGAAGUGGGACCACCCAAACAGAACUUCUAGGAAGUACCACCAUGAUUUCACCUGGAGCUAGUAGAAGUUCACAGAGUUCCAAGCCAGGUCUUACAGAGGAAAUCUCUGGGAUAACUAUUAUAUCUGGAAGUUCCCACACAGGCACCACUGCAGUACCGGGAGGCCAAGCAACUGGGAGUGUGACAGGCACCACUGGGGUAGCCCCUGGUACAACUGUUGCCCCUGGCAGUUCUAUUACAGAAGCCACAACUUCUGUGGGAGAAAGUGGAACACGAAUGAGGAUCAUCACAGGCACCUCUGGCACAACAGGUGGAUAUGUUCCUGGAAGUGAGGCAGGUACCACUGGAGAAUUGUCUGGAACAACCAUUACAUCUGGAAGUUCUAACACAGAGGCCACAACUUCCACAGAAAUGACUGGAACUGGAGCCCAAACAGGUACCAGUGGAGUAGUCUCUGGCACAACUAUUAAAUCUGGAAAAUCCAGUGUUGGUACCAUUGGUGUGGCCUCGAGUACAACUGUUGCACCUGGAAGUUCCCAUACUGAAGCUACAACACCCCCUGGAGGCAGUGGAAGCACAGGAAUUGAAAUUAAUACAGGGGGAUCCAGUAGCCAAGUCCCUGGCAUUCAAACAGGUACUAUUGGAGUGACCCCAGAAAGUACCAUCUCACCCAGAAUUUCCAACACAGGAGCUACCACUGGUACAUCUGAGACACCAAGCCCUAGAAGUAAAACAGGCACUACAGGUGUAAUCACUGGCACAACAGCAUCUGGAAGUUCCAACACAGGGACCACAACUUCUUUUGGAGGUGGUGGAAACACCAAGGGUGGAAUUAAAAUAGUUACCACUGGGAUAACCACAGGUACAACCAUCGCACUUGGGAGUUCCAACACAAAGGCUACAACUUCUACAGAAUUUGAAGCUACCACUGUAUUUGGAAUGGCCACUACAGAUACUACUUCAGAGUCAGCUGAAGUUUCCAGGGGUCCAGAAAAUUCUAGUCCUGGGGCUACAACUCUGGGACUAAGCCGUGACACCACUGUGCAUGUAAUUCAAACAGCUUCAGGAGUCACCAACCUAAUUCCAGGGAACCAGUCUACUGGAAGAAAAAUAGAAACCACAACUUUUAAAGAAGGUGUUGGAACUAUGGAAGCAAGAAUUUCAUCAGGUACCACUGGGGUAGCCUCUGGCACAACAGUUAUUCCUGGAAGCUCCAAUACAGGUACUAGUGUGGCAUCAAGUAGAAUUACUGGUGUCCCAGAAAGUCCCACCCAAGGUACCUCCAGGGAAGCAUUUGAAACAACCACUGCUCCUGGAAAUUCUACCACAGCCACUGCUUCCAUUGAAGUCAAGGAAACCUCUGGAACUAGAAUGCAAACAGGCUCCACCUCCAUGUCAACUAAAAUCACAACAAGACCCAAAGUAUCCUACCCAGAAACCACUCUAGUCACAACAAGAGACCAAGAAACUGAAAAUAAAACAGGAUGUCCAGCAUCACUUCCACCACCUCCAGUUUGUCAUGGUCCGCUGGGAGAAGAGAAAUCUCCUGGAGAUAUAUGGACUGCCAAUUGCCACAAAUGCACCUGUACUGAUGCAAAGGCUGUAGACUGUAAACCCAAGGAGUGCCCUUCUGCACCCACAUGCAAAACUGGAGAGAGGCUUGUAAAGUUCAAAGCUGAUGAUUCCUGCUGUGAAAUUGGAUACUGUGAACCAAGAACGUGCUUAUUUAACAAUACUGAGUAUAAGAUUGGUGCUUCAUUUGAUGACCCCAGCAAUCCAUGCAUCUCCUACUCCUGCCAUAGCACUGGUUUCAUCGCAGUGGUCCAGGACUGCCCAAAGCAGACCUGGUGUGCAGAAGUAAACAGAGUCUAUGAUUCAAACAAAUGUUGCUAUACAUGUAAUACUAAUUGUAGAUCUUCACUUGUGAAUGUGACUGUUAAGUACCGUGGUUGCCAGAAAAAACUUGAGAUGGCAAGAUGUGUAGGGGAAUGUAAGAACACUGUCAGGUACAAUUAUCAUAUCUUUCAGCUGGCAAAUUCAUGUCUUUGCUGCCAAGAAGAUAAGUACGAAUUCCGGGAAAUUUUUCUCGACUGUCCUAAUGGCAGUACAAUACCUUACAGAUAUAGGCACAUCACGGCAUGUUCUUGCUUAGAUAUGUGCAAACAGUCUACACUCCCAACAGUCAGUUAACACCAGUAUCACCUUUCCAAGUAUAACAGGCCAGGUAUUUAUUUUAUAAAUGCACAAAAAUCACUAAAAUAGAAUAACUAAACAUUUGUAUCUCACUCAAAGUGUGAAUUCUCAUUCUGAGGCAUUUUGUUCUCUUGUUGACUGGAUGUGAAAAAUAAAUACAAGUUUUCAAGCAA